AUGGAUGUUCUCUUUCUUGGUUUACCCCGAACGGGGACACAGAGCAUGGCUGAGGCUCUUCCUCUACUUGGAUAUGGCAAGGUUUAUCAUAUGAAAGAUAACUUCAUACGAGGCGACCAUGCGUUUUGGGCCAGAGUCAUGGAUGCAAAGUAUGCUGGUCUAGGCGAACCCGUGACUCGCAAGGAUUUCGAUGCACUUUUUGAAGGAGAGUUUAAGGCCACGAGUGACUAUCCCGCAGCCAUGUUUCCCGAAGAGCUGAUCGCCGCAUACCCAUCUGCCAAGGUGAUUCUAUCGGUUCGUGAUGAAGACAGCUGGGUCAAGUCAAUGGAAGAUACAGUAUUGCAUAUGUGGAAUGCCAAAACAGAGGCUAGUCCACCUGAGACAGCCCCUGCCAAUGAUUCUGGGCCUGUGAAUCAUGGACCUCCUGCUCUUCAUGAGAUGGUUCGCAAGAUACAAACCUAUGCUUGGGGCGGUGAUUUUGAGACAAAUGGUCGCCAACUAUUUCAUGAACACAACGAGCGUGUCCGUCAGCUGAUGGAAAAUAGAAAAGAAGAUUUUCUGGAGUACAGAGUGGCAGAAGGAUGGGAGCCCUUGUGCCGGUUUCUUGGGAAGGAAAUUCCUGGUGAGGCGUUCCCCGAAAAGAUGAGUGGGCAGAGUAUAAAGCUAGGACGAAGAAGGCCUAGAAAGUAA